AUGGCCCAGCUUAAUCAACUGUCACAUGGAGAAAGUAUCCCGGGUCAAGCAACUGUAGGUGAUCGUGCCCAUCAGGCGGGCUACCAUUAUUCAGCUGUUGGUGAAAACAUUGCGUCUGGACAAACGACUGUUGAACAAGUCAUGCAGGGUUGGAUGCAUAGUCCAGGACAUCGAAGCAAUAUUCUUAAUGGAACGUAUCGACAUAUUGGGGCAGCAGUUGCGCAGUCGGCAAACGGCACGCGCUUUUGGUGUGUAGUACUAGGUCAACGUAUGGGCAGUUGA